AUGGAAGGGAGGGGACUUGGCGUUCCCGGAGGGGGCUCUGUUUACAGUGCUGGCUUACCGAGCCCCAGUCUCCAGGAGCCCAUCCUGGGCGCGAGUGGGACCUUUCGGGACUCUGCCGUCAGCAGGGAUUGGCUUCUUUUUUUUGAAGUGGCUGCUGUUUUACUAUGGCCUGCUCUUUGCUUUUCCAGACACAACAGCUGGGAGCCAGAGGAAAAUAUCCUGGACCCGCGGCUACUCCUGGCCUUCCAGAAGAAGGAGCAGGAGAAGGAGGUGCAGAACCGCAAGAGGGGCAAGCGGCCCCGGGGCCGGCCGAGGAAGCUCACGGUCAUGUCCUCCUGUAGCCGGCACGCCAAGCUCAAGGAACCCGACACCACCUCCAAAUGCAAGUCCAGCAGCAGCUCCUCCUCCUCGUCUUCGUCUUCAUCGUCCUCCGAUGAAGAGGAGGACAGCGACCUGGAUGCCAAGAGGGGCCCCCGGGGCCGCGAGACCCACCCGGUGCCCCAGAAGAAGGCUCAGAUCCUGGUGGCCAAGCCCGAACUGAAGGACCCCAUCCGCAAGAAGCGGGGCCGCAAGCCCCUGCCCCCGGAGCAGAAGGCGGCCCGGAGACCCGUGAACCUGGCCAGGGUCCUGAAGACCGCCAGGAAGGACCUGGGCGUGCCGGCCGGCAAGCUGCCCCCUCCGCUCAGUGCCCCCGUGGCCGGCCUGGCGGCCCUGAAGGCCCACGCCAAGGAGGCCUGCGGCGGCCCCAGCACCAUGGCCACCCCCGAGAACCUGGCCAGCCUGAUGAAGGGCAUGGCCAGCAGCCCCAGCCGCGGCAGCAUCAGCUGGCAGAGCUCCAUCGUGCACUACAUGAACCGCGUGAGCCAGAGCCAGGCCCAGGCUGCCAGCAGGCUGGCACUCAAGGCCCAGACCUCCAGCAAGUGUGGCCUCGGGCUGGACCUCAAGGUGAGGACGCAGAAGGGGGAGCUGGGGUUCAGUCCCCCGGGAAGCAAACUUACAAAGGCCCCCAGCAGCGGGGCCAUGGAGCAGAAAGGAGCCGGUAUAGGGGGCUCCCUACACAGCCACAGCGGCAGCAAGGGCCCUGCCGGUUGCCUGGGCCCCCAGCCUGCACCCACCCAGGAGCUGAGCCUCCAGGUCUUGGACUUACAGAGUGUCAAGAAUGGCACACCUGGGGUGGGCAUGGUCGCCCGCCAUGCCUCAGCCACCAAGGGUGUCCCUGCCGCCGUGCCAGGCGCUGGGAAGGGUGCUGGGGCUGGCCCCACCUCGGGGAAUGGGGCUGGCAUGCCAACCGACACCGGCAAGAGUGAGAAGCUGGCCUCCAGGGCUGCGGCUCUGCCCACCCCUGCAGGCAAGAGGGACUGUGCCAAGGGUGGUGCGGCCCCAGGAGGGCAGGAGGGGCCGGGGGCCCUGGGAGACUCGCGCAAGGCAGCCGCGCUGUCGGAGAUGAGCACUGGUGAAGAGAACAGCAGCUCCGACUCGGACCCUGACUCAACCUCACCGCCUGGCGCCGAGCAGAACCUGUCUGUGUCGGUGCAGACCAGCCAGGACUGGAAGCCCACCCGCAGCCUCAUUGAGCACGUCUUUGUCACCGAUGUCACUGCCAACCUCAUCACGGUCACCGUGAAGGAGUCCCCCACCAGCGUGGGCUUCUUCAACCUGAGGCAUUACUGACACCGUGACUGCCACUGCCAGGGCCUCCCCUGCCCUUUUCUGGCCUCUGGUUUUGCUCUAGUAAGUGACUUGUACCCCAAACCCUCUCCAGGGGCCAGGUGGCCCCCUUCAAGGGCAGGCUUGGAAGGCCUCCUGGAUCCCGGCCCUGCCUUUGAUGUCGGGUCAGGGUGGUGCCUUGAUGCCUUGCCGGGGCCUGGCCAGGCCCCAUUCCUACCUCUGGGUCUUCGCUUCCCAUUGGCCUCAGGAAGUCUGGGCCCCCACCUGCGCUCGAGCCAAACCUCUGCAGUGCCCUCCCCGCCUGCGCCUGCGCCUGCGCCUGCGCCGGCCGUGCUGGUCAGCUCUCCCAGUUCCCCAGGGCACAGGUGUUUGAGGAGGGAGCUUCCCCGGGCCAGCUUGGCUGUUCUGCCCACUGGCACACGCGAAUGUGUUGG